AUGGCUCGGCACACAGCGCAGGCCACAUGGCGACAAAGCAAUCGACAUCUUCAAAUUCUGCGCGAGGCCGAGCAAGGCCAAUACGGCGUGGUGGCGGCGAUAGCCUACAACCUCGAGCAUAUACUUGGAUUGGUUCAAGCGGCCGAAAAAGCCCGUUCACCACUCAUCAUCCAAUUCUUCCCCUGGGCGAUCACAUUCUCCGAUGGUGUCCUCAUCCGCGCCGCGGCCGAUGCGGCCAAGCGCGGAACCGUGCCAAUCUCCAUACACCUCGACCACGCGCAGGAUGAAGCGCUCAUCAGGCGGGCCGCCGACACAUUGCCGUUUGACAGCAUCAUGGUCGACAUGUCUCAUCACGAGAAGGCUGAAAAUUUGGCGAAGACGGAAGAGCUGGUCAAGUAUUGUCAGGAGCGUGGCAUCGCGACCGAAGCAGAACCGGGUAGAAUCGAAGGAAGUGAAGACGGUGUCAUGGACACAGCCGGGUUAGAAGGAAUGAAGACCACAAUCGAAGAAGCCAAUGAGUUUGUGGCGACCGGCGUCGAUGCUCUGGCGCCGGCAAUCGGUAAUAUUCACGGCGAAUACGGCCCUCAGGGACCUAAUCUUGACUUCGACAGAUUGGAGGAGCUGCGAGCACACCUGACGGGAAAAGUCAACAUUGCUCUCCACGGUACGAAUGGGUUCGCACCAGAAUUGAUGAAACGAUGCAUCGUGGCGGGAGCUACCAAGAUCAAUGUCAACAAACUCGUACUUGAGGAUUAUUCUGCACACCUGGCCGCAAAUGCCGGGAGGAUCCCACAGACGACCCUGAUGGAGCAAGGCGUGCAAAAGGUCGUAGCGCUCACGACGAAGUGGAUGGAGAUCUGCGGCUCGGCAGGCAGAGCUUGA